CAGUGUUGGCUGUGUGUUAUUGUGUUGCUCAAACCUUGGUGUGUUCACUGAUUGGCUGGAGCUCCACAGUCCAGCACCGACCUCACCUUCAUCCACGCAGUGAGCUCCGAGAACAGGUCGGGGUUUGGUCCAGUUGGGGGCCAUUUGACCCUGAUCUGAGGGGUCCGAACUAACUGAGGGUUCUGAUCUGAGGGGUCCGAACUAACUGAGGGUUCUGAUCUGAGGGGUCAAGACUGAGGGGUCAGGACUGAGGGUGAGGACGUGGCCGCAGGCUGCAGUGAACUUGUUGCAGUUGUGUGUAAUUGAUGGUGAAGGCUGUUCCUGAGUCUUGACGUGAGUCUGGGUCUUUGUCUCGUCACUCGAGCCUCAGGUGUGUGUUCCUGUGCAUCUCCUUGUCAGUGGAACGUCCCGGGGACAUGGACUUCUGGAGGGCAGCCUCCUGACAGCACAGGGGUCAGAGGUCAGAGCGUCUUGCUGAGAUGAGAAAGUUUCUCUGGCUUUGGGUCCAAAUGUUCUGGACAGAGCUUGAAUGCAGCAGUUCAGCAAGGAAGUGUGUGUGUGUGUGUGUGUGUGUGCGUGUGCGUGUGCGUGUGCGUGUGCGUGUGUCAGCUGGUCCCUCAGAGCGGCAGAUGUAAAGCCUUUGGUGAGGUUGGGUGUGUGUCUGCGCUUCUGCCUCUGUCUGUCGGGCUUCAUAAAAAAUAAUGAGUCAGCAGUUUCUGCUGGUCUUUAGUUUGCUUCCCGUCCACCUUGUUUUUAAGCUGUGCGUGUGUGUGUGUGUGUCAGUGACAAAUGAGGACCUGUAGGCUCUGACCUGUCAGUAGACAGGAAUGUGUGCAAUGUGUGUGCGUGUGUUUCAGCAUAGCUAUCCUAGUGAGGUCCAAUUUGGGAGGAAAACACCUCCUUGUGUGGCCCUUAUGUCUUUGUGAGGAAAUGUCAUCGGACCCCACAAGGUUGAGCCUCAAUUUGAGGGUGAAGACGUCACAAUAAUGGAUGGUUCUGACUGGGUCUCAGUUUGGUUGAGAGUCCUGUGUUUUGGGUGGUGAGGCUCAGGGGGAGUGGCUGGGGAAAGGGUGAUGCCAGGAGAGGUCCCCACACGGACGGUGAGAUGGACCUGUGUGAGUAUAAACCCAGUGCAGAGGCCUGGCCCUCGUGGCUUCCUCCCUCCUGACCUGCAGCUCCAGGCCCGGGCAGCUGCCUCGCCGGGUCUUUGUCAUGCAGAUCAUUCUGAGAGGAUUCUGUGCUCGUGUGUGUGUGUGUGUCAGGAGCCGUCGGUGUGUUCCAGAACCUUCUGUGGAGCGGGUCGGGAGUGUGUGUCCACCGACAGAGGGGAGCCCGUCUGCCGCUGCCUGCAGGAGUGUGAGGAGAAGGAGAGCUGGGUGUGUGGCAGCAACAGCCGCUCCUACAGGAACCACUGCGAGCUGCACCGAGACGCCUGCCUCGCGCAGGUCCGGAUCCACCUGGAGCACCAGGGACGCUGCCCGGGCGAGGCCCCUCAGACGGACGCGAGUCCCAUCGUCUGCUUCCUGUCCGACCGCGACUGGCUGCGGGAGAGAGUGAUCCGGUGGCUCCGGGAGGAGGUCGGGCCGGCCUCCAGCAGCUCGGCCCUCCAGGACGCCCUGCUCACCUACUUCCAGACCUACGACAAUGGAGACUCGCAGCUGGACUCCAAGGAGUUCCUGCGCUUCCUGAAGCACAACGAGUCGGCCCUGAACCUGACCUUCUCCAGCAGCCAGGAGACCAACCUGCUGCUCAGGUCUCUCUGUGUGGACGCUCUGAUCGAGCUCUCCGACGAGAACGCCGACUGGACCCUGAGUCUCCCCGAGUUCGUCAACUGUCUGAGCCCGAGCUUCCACCCGCCGGAGAGAAAGUGCGCGCUGGAGGACGAGGUGUUCGAGGACGGAGCCCAGGCUCAGAUGGAGUGCAACAAGUGCGUGUGCGCCUGCGGGAACUGGGUCUGCACGGCGCUCACCUGCAGCGGGGAGCUGCAGCUGCAGGACGAGCGGACAGACGGAGGAGCGGCUGAAGAGAUGACGGAGGAGGAGUGGAGCAGGAGGGUGGCGGAGCUCACGGCUGGACAGCACAACUUCACCCUGGAGACCUGAGGCCGGAGCAACGCCCCCAGAGCUGCUGCGCCUGCGUCUGUUGCUGUUGUGACAUGUGUCGCCAGUAAAGAGUCUUCCUUUUUCUACUCCCUGGCUCCCCGUUAGUUCCAUGACGGCAGGCUCACACACACACUCCCUGAGGGAAACCUCGCGAGCGCCCCCUUGUGGUUUUCAAGCAAAAUCUUUCCCUUUUAAAACCGUGAAACCUUUACGAAUUGUUUAAAAACGAAGCAGAAGUUGCAUUUGAAAAACGCCGAGUGUGACUUGACUCCGUCAUUUGCCAUGAAUGAAGAGUCAUUAGUGUUCAUGAUCAUGAUUUGGGCUCAGAGAUGAAGCGUUGCUGUGGAGCCAC